AUGCCAUUGUUGGUUUCAAUAUCCAUUACCUUAUCCUUGACCCUAAUCAGUGGAGGCCUUACCUGUCCAAAAGCCACUUUUAAAGUCGACAAUACCUCCUGUCUAAAUGGAUAUGGGAAAUGUAGAAAUGGACAAUGUUGGGACCCAUGUAAAGAUGUGGACAGAUAUCCAUGUCUCUGUUCAGGGGAUGAUGCAUGUAAGACAUGCUGCUACAAAACCAAAACACAGCUUUGUGAGCCUUUAUCAGAGAAAAUUCUGGAGGAUGGGAGACCAUGCUACAAUGGAUUUUGUAAACAAGGGAAAUGUCGAAAAUCAGAGUCCAAGCUGGUGCAAAGGCUGUAUUCCAUAAUUCAGUCUUUGAGUAUUGACUUUGUGGCUGAGUUUAUGAAGAACAACAUUGUGCGGACAGUGCUAAUAUUGGCGACCCCAUUGUGGAUCGUGGGUAUUGCAAUCAUUAAUAAAUUGGAUGAGAAAAAUGACAUGAGUUCAGAAGUAAUAGACGAUAAGGAUGGAAGGAUGAAAGCUUUGAUAGUUGACGAUGACAAUGUACUUCACGUCAGUCGACAUCCAAAACCUUUAGAUUUUAGUACUUGAACAGUGACUCAAGAUCAUAACUAUCAAUUAUUGUGAUAAACACCCUUCUACCAACUAAAUUAAGGUUGUUUUACUGUGUGUGUGUGUGUGUGUGUUAGAGAGAGAGAGAGAGAGAGAGAGAGAGAGAGAGAGAGAGAGAGAGAUGUGCAAUGUAUGUUGACUUUUACAUGUAUCUGUAUAAUGCAUGCUGCAAUUAUCAACUGUUGAUUUUGAUUUGAUGUGUAUAUAGUUUGUUAUAAUGUAAGUUUUUAAAUAGAUAUAACUUAAGAAAUUCAUUUUAGACAUCAAAAUUAUUGUUGGCUUGGUAGUUGUUUUAUGAGGCUUAGUUUUAAAUGAUAUGACUUGAACUACAUUUUACUCUGAAAACUAGUAUUUACCCUCAGUGGGCAAAGUGGUGUCAACAAAGUUUUUUUUCUUUUAAAAACAUAAUAGAAAAAAAGUGAUGUGAUAAAAAAAACCUCAUGUAUCUGUGCUCUAUUAAACAUCUCAUUUUUAAGUCUCUUUUUUUAUAAACAGUCUAAGCAAUGCGUGGCAACCAAUCAUUACUCAUCAUUGUUGCAUAGUGAAUAAACGUGUUUUGGGCAUGUAGGCUGGUCAGUUGGUGUGUCAGACUGUAAACAAAGUAUUGUCCAUUCAAAACGUUUAAAAUCUCUCAUUUGACGGACUCCAGCCAUGGUACAUGUUAGAAGACCCCUAUUGAUUUUGGGGUCUUAGGUCAAACUAUUCCAGAAAUCGAAUAAUAAAGGGAGUGUUCGAUGAAUAUCAUAAGAACCGUUUGUUGUGCUAAAUUUAAACUUGGUAGAGUGAUGCCCCCUAAAACAAUGAUGAUUUUCUUGAUUAUGAGGUCACAAAAUCAUAGGUUUCAACUAUUCUAGAUACAGACAGUGAUUAGGAUAUUGUCAUUUCAAUGCUAAAGUUCGAUUAUAACUUGACUUAUUACUAAUUCAUUGUUUUGUGGCAGAGUGAAAUUUAAUGUCUUCCAUGUGUUAAAAUUGUUUGUUAUGAAAAUGUUAUAUUAGAAUGUGGAAUGUUGUGUGUGUGUGUGUGUAUGUGUGUGUGUAUGUGUGUUUGUUAAAGAGAGAGAGAGAGAGAGAGAGAGAGAGAGAGAGAGUGAGAGAGAGAGAGAGCGAGCUGCCUAACCAAUAGCUUAAUUUUUUAGCGACGAUAUUACAAAAUGUAGUUUCUCUAAUUCUCGGGGCGUUUUUCUUGUUCAAUAAACAUGUGAUAUAAAUACGUUAAAAAAUA